UCGUUUCCCUCGCGUUUAUCGGCUCCCGUUUUACACCGUCCUUCGCCGUGUUCGGGAAGACGUUGAAAGUGAAUGUGUUCGUAAGUGGCGAUGCACGUCGGGUCACGCGGACCUGCGCCCGCUGCAUGGACACCGCGCUCGGUUAUCCGCGCAACUUUACAUUCACCGAUAUCCGCAGGUGAUAGCGCACCGUUAUACACUCUACUGACCUUUUCUUAAAGUCGUUUAUACUAGACGCACACGUCCGCUAGCGAUAAAGUUUUGAAUAGACACGCGGGAAGUUUAGAGCCGUGCGAACUUUCGAUGCGAACUUUACAGACGAGUUGUAGUGUUGUGGUGGGUGUGCGCGAAAAUAAAAAGAACUAAAAGGCCCCGGGGACGGUCUGGUGUGCCCACUGCCCAGCGAACGGCUGAGGGAAAGAGAGGGCAUCAGUUUUGCACUCCUCGUUUGUGCACCAUUCGAGAAAAAAUUCAAUAAAGCCCGCUUCCUUUUGUCUAAUUGCCUAUGUAAACCUACUUAUAAGUACGAUUGUUCGAUUUCGCAACAUUCAACGGAAACAUGGAGCAUUACGUUUUCGUUUCGCUUCGUAGAGAGCUUCGCAUUUUAAGAGAUGCCUGGCAACGGAUUGGCGCAAGUGAAAUGCGAACCACUUUCGGAUGAGGACGAUAGCAAUCCGAACUUCGCCAACAACUAUUUCACUAAUCAGCUCCCCUCCUUAGGACAUCACAUAAAAUCGGAGCAUGACAGUCACAGCGAAGAAAACGUACCGUCACAAAUUUUACAACAUUUACAGAGGCAGCCGGCACUGGAGGAGCUGGUGCCGCCGGCGCCGGCGGGCCCGGCCGCCACGCCCGUGUGCGUCAAGCAGGAGCCCGCCGAGCCGCCGCCCGCCCUCGCGCUCACCCUCGAGACGCUCGAGCCGGCCCCGCACGCCGCCGCCACCGGCUCGACACUGCUGGACCGGCAUAUGACGAUCCUCAGUUCAAACGAAGUGCCUGACUCAGCAGACUUCAUGCCGUUGAUGUCUGUCAAAGACGAACCACUCUCGGAAGGAGAGCAACAACAUUUAAGUGGCGAGGAUACCAGUGACUCGUGCAGCACCCAGCCCGAGCCGUCGACCCGGAGCAGCCCCAAGAGUUGGACCCAACGGGACAUGGACAACGCGCUCGAAGCGCUUCGGAAACACAACAUGAGUCUCACCAAGGCGUCAGCGACGUACGGUAUACCGUCGACCACACUGUGGCAGCGCGCGCACCGCCUCGGCAUUGACACGCCGAAGAAAGAGGGAGCUUCCAAGUCGUGGAGCGAGGCCGACCUGCGCGGCGCACUGCACGCACUCAGGGCCGGCGCUAUAUCUGCCAAUAAAGCGAGCAAGGCUUACGGUAUUCCAAGCAGCACACUGUACAAGAUAGCGCGGCGCGAGGGCAUCCGGUUGGCGGCGCCGUUCAACGCGGCGCCGACGGCGUGGCGCCGCGCCGACCUGGAACGCGCGCUCGCCUCCAUCCGCUGCGGCGCCAGCUCCGUGCAGCGCGCCGCCUCGCAAUUCGGCAUCCCAACCGGCACGUUGUACGGCAGGUGUAAGCGAGAAGGCAUCGAGUUGUCCCGCUCUAACCCCACGCCGUGGUCCGAAGAUGCCAUGGGCGAAGCACUCGAAGCUGUUAGGAUAGGCCAGAUGUCGAUAAACCAGGCAGCCAUACAUUACAACCUGCCGUACUCAUCGCUCUACGGACGCUUCAAGCGGUGCAAAUACCAAACGCAGGGUCUGCAGCCACUGCAGCAGCAGGAGAUGCAGAAGAACAUAGAGAUGGAGCAUUCUUUACCUCAAGAGUUAUCAUACUACCAUCAGUUACCACAUGGACAUCAGCAACCAUCUGAGGACCACACGCACAUACCAUACAUACACAAUAUAAACAUGAGCAUGCACGAGCAUCAAGAUACGUCCGUUCAUAAUGCUCUGCUACCAGACCAGUACAGUCAAGCGAUGUAUUACGCGCACAGUUGCAACAGCAUGGUCUCCAGUUGAGAGUACAACGCCUCGACCACAGAGGCUCCUUGACAUUUCGCUUUUUAAAUUAUGGCUGUGCGGGUUAUGUUCUUGGACACAUUUUUUUUUGUAUCUUAAAAUGUAAGUUGGUUGUCAAAGACGAGGCUGUGUGGCUCUGUUUCUUUGCCUUUGUUGUAGUAAGUAAAUGAAAAGCUAGUUUACAAUAUUUGAAUCGGACAACUCAGGUGGAUUAUAUAUUUCAGGGUGGAGGUAGAUCGAAAGAGCGAGUUUCCAUGUAGGCUGUGUAUCUAUAUUUAAUAAUUUAUGUUACGUCGAAAUUGAUUUUAAUGAUUCUUUUUUUUAAUUUAAAGGGUUUUCUCCAGAGCGUCGACCUUCAUAUAAAUUUCUUAUGACUGUAAUCAGUCUUUUUUUGGAACAAAGUCUUAUGUUUUAAAUACGACGAUGCCCGACUAGUUUCGUACUCAAUAGGAGUCUUUAUUCAUGAGCGCGGUUCAUUUUCGCAUCGUCCAAUUUAAAACGCGAGUAAAGCUAACGAUUAUUAUUAUUAUUUGACAAAAUCUUAUGUUUAAGUGAGAUGUGCUACGCUUUGUGUUAUUUCUCGUUCUUUUCAUUCAAUUCCACUUUCAAAGUAAUUUUAACAGCGUAUUUGUAGAAUAUCUAACAAAAUAAUGAUUGAAGCAUUUAAGAAGUGAUAUACGGGUUUUUUUUUAUGGGUGAAAAUGGUAUGGUAACCCCGCCCGUGCUAACGGAAUACACUGGCGGAGCACCAGUGAAGGGUGAUAGAUGAGAAUGAAAACAGGCCAGUUAGCCCAUCAUGAUGAAUUCAUCAGGUAUUAACCAUGAUAGUUUCCAGGGUUCUCCCUGAGAGAAGGUCGACCUGGUUGGGUAUAUUGCUAGCAACGGGAUUCUCAGUCUCCAUUACUAACAAUCCCUUUCCCCCCUGAUAUACGGGUUAUAUUUUUCACGGGUUUUGUGUGUGCUAAAAAUGCCUUGUACAAUUAUGGACAUUGAACAAAUACCUAUGACUAUUAAUAGGUUAAAUGUUUUACUUUUAAAUAGGUAACUAUCGUAAUGUAACACAAUAAUAAUAACAUAGAAUGUUUACUAGUAUUUUCAUUUUGUAGUAUUCUCUCUAUUCAAUGUUCGAAAGCAAUAAAUGCAUAGACAAUCAAGAUGAGUGAUAGAGUUUGGUGGUUGUUAUAUUCCAUUUUAAUGGUUGGUGAUUCAUUUAGAAUCUUGUGUCUAUUAAUUUGUCUGUUGAACCUCUUGAGUUACUGUAGUGAACUGCUAGAAUUAUUAUAUAUAGGAGAAACUGCCAUUACUGACGAAAAUACGUAAUUAAAGUAAGGUAGAUAGUAGGUAUUAAGUGUAAGAUAAUAGAAAUAGAAAGUUAUUCCUUCCGUGCCAUAAUUUAUUGGGGCAAUCGAUGCGGCGCGCAGUUGACGCGGCGCCUCAACGAAGUUGCCACUCUUCGUGAUUUUUUAUUAGGUAGUAAUAAAUAUUUUUAUUAUAGUAACAUUCUGUCCAAACGACAUACGUAAUUGUAAUGUGAUAGUUUUUAGACACGUAAGGUAAAUGUGUCGUAGAAUUGAUUUUAAUUUUUCAAACAUGAGUAUUGUCAGUUGUUUAGCGCCAUCUAACGGCAAAUAGCUGAACUGUAUUUUAAGUUUGGCAGCAUCCGAGAGGUGGCGCUAAUAUAGCAAUUUGAAAAAAUAUAAAGAUGGCGCUGAAUAUACCAAUAUUUUUAUAUUUUCGAGUUACGUUGUAUUCUUUUUUUAUGUACAUUACCAAGAGAUAAUGUUCAAAUUAGCAAUAACUAGUUUUUAUAAUACUAUU